CGUGUUUCUAUGUGGGGCGUUCAGCAGCGUCGCGCCUAGCUCCAGGACUGGAAUGACUUCCCAGCCUCACCGCCGCUGACAAAUUCACAGUUUCCCCGGGACUCCUCUAUAUACGGGAUAGCUGCUCAGUUUGACUCCACGCACGGACGAUUGCAUUUGCAAGUUAAUUUGCUGUCUUAUCACAUUGAAUCGGUGCCUCGGUAUCCCCCCUCCCUCCCUUCCUUUUUUUUUCUUUCUUUCUUUUUUUUUUUUUUUUACUCGCGUGAGUCAUUAUUAUGUGUUGUUGUUUGAAGCAACGGGAUUCAACUUAAACGUAUCAGGAGACAUUUUGUUAUUCUUGAGACUCGGGCAGCUUUUUGCCUGUUUGUGCGUUGUGUAUUGUGUUAAAUCAAGCUAGUUGCAGCUGGCUGUUGUAGAGGGGGAAAAGCGAGCAAGCUGUCAAGUACCACCACUGCGAGGAAAGAAAGAAAGAAAGAAAAAGAGAGAGAGAAAGCGUAACGUUACAUGAUAAAUCCCACUUUGUGCAUAACGUUAUUAAUUUACAUGCGUGGAGCUCGCCUUGCUGCCGCCGCUGCUGGUGCGUUACAGGCGGAAAGCUUGUAACAGCGAUGAAUCAUUUUGACUGACAGCUUUUGAAGAAUUAGCUUAGCCAGCGAGGAGCAGAGUAGAUGGUGGUUUCCUGGUCACUGACACAGUAAAUACAGGGUCGGGACAGGUACAGCUGAAGGGUCUUGCAUCAGCCAGACAAGACACGGACUUAAUUUUCCUUGCUAACUGCAAAGUGUAUCACCUAUUCAGCUUAUUUUUUGGGGGGUGGUCGCUAGCUGCCGUUAGCUAGCCGUCUUGCUGUCGCUGGUCAGCAGCUCCUGUGUUUCUGGCUGGGCUAGCUUGCAUCAGCUAGCUUUGGACAAAGGACCAACGCAAGGCAAAACGAACCAUCCAGGGGCACACCAUUCAUCGUAUUUGGGAAGGAGAACAACAAACAAGGAACUGACAUGAUGUUUCCACAAUCCAGACACUCAGCUUCAUCGCAGCAGCUGAAAUUCACAACCUCUGACUCCUGUGACAGGAUCAAGGAUGAGUUCCAGUUCCUCCAAGCACAAUACCACAGUUUGAAGCUGGAGUGUGACAAGUUGGCCAGUGAGAAGUCGGAGAUGCAGCGCCAUUAUAUCAUGUACUAUGAGAUGUCCUACGGGCUCAACAUUGAGAUGCACAAGCAGGCUGAGAUAGUGAAGAGAUUGAACGGGAUCUGUGCUCAAGUCCUCCCCUACCUGUCCCAGGAGCACCAGCAGCAGGUCCUGGGGGCCAUAGAGAGGGCUAAGCAGGUCACCCCCCCAGAGAUGAACUCCAUCAUAAGGCAGCUCCAGGCUCACCAGCUGUCUCAGCUCCAGGGUCUGGCCCUGCCCAUGACCCCCCUCCCGCUGGGCCUGAGCCAGCCCACCCUGCCUGCCGUCACCACCUCCUCCGGCCUCUUCUCCCUCUCCUCCAUCCUGGCUUCCCAAGCCCAGCUGGCCAAGGAGGAGAAGGCCUCGCGCGACGGGGCCGACAGCCACCGCGAGGAGGACGGAGACAAGUCCGAUUAGAUGGCGUUCCCUCUCCGCUCUGUUUCUAUCCAGAGACCCUAACUCCCAGAUCCUAGCCCCCUGGCCGACAGCCUCUCCCCUGCACUCUCUCCUGGCCUCCCCUCUCUCUGACCCUGUCCCAGCCACCAUGCGGCCCCUGGGCCUCAAUCCCAAUGCCCAAGUCCCAAACCUGUCCCAGCUGAAGACAGCCCCUCUGUGCCCAGCCUGUUUGCCCAGGUACAGCACCACAGGGAGGGCGUUGGCACCUACUCCUCAUGUCAGCCUGGUCCUGUUCCCUUUCUAUUUACCACACUUGUGUUGUUUGUUUGCUUAUUUUUUAUCCUCACUUCCCUUAAUCCCCAUGUUUCAGUCUGAGUCACUCUCUGUCUCUCUUACUCUCUCUCUUUCUUUCUCUCUUCUCUGGUGGCACUCUCUUCUUCAAAAUGUAUCUUUUUUUUUUAUUUCUUUGUGUGUGUGUUUAUUUUUAUCAGGACCACCUUCUAUUCCUGUUCCUUCCUGACUUCCAGUCACUGUGUCUGAGUUUCUGUUUCUCUAUUUAGUUUCUCCCUUUUUCUCUGUGCCUGCCUUUCUCCCUCCCUCUCCCCACUCUCUUGCCUCUCUGCUAUGUGGGUCCUUGUUAAGCAGGACUGAUGUGUGAGUCUGAAUGUACCAUGAUGUAGGGUGUUGAAACAGAUUAAAUGUUAAAACAGACAGGGUUGCAUCAUGGCCCCGUUCGCAUCUGUCCCACGGAGAUCCUUAGACAAACUGUACAACCUUGCGAGGCAAACGGAGAAACAUCCGCAGGAUUACUACAAACCUUUUUUUCCCCUCUCCGAAACGGCUCACAAACUUCGGUGACGUUGACUUUCUCUGACGGUUCAAAUUGCAUGCAUCCAUUCCAAGCUUGAAGUUGGCUGCGAGUUUAAAUAGCAGAAUGUGAUGGAUCAGUGUGCUGUUUAAACAGGGAACCUCUUUGCCCCUGUUAAAGAGACAGAAACCUCCCUGUUUUAUCGCUGUGUAAAGCUGUGCUUAUGCCCUAGCCUAAACACUAGUGCUGCUUUUAGUUGCUUUAAGCUCCCAGAAAGCAGAAAUGUUGUAAUGAGAAGACAUCUCCAGUAGACAAACUAGAGAUUUUAUGUAUAAUCCUAAAUUUAUACGGUAAGAGAAAAAGCACCUUCUUAGAGCUAAAUUCACGCCGAGUGCUGUCAGUCUAGAUAACAAACCCACCUUAGUAACUAAUCCCCUUUACUUCUGAUCCCUGCAUGACCCAGCAGGGUGCGUUAGAUACAUCCACCCAGCACCUUACCUGAAAGGGCAGUGCUUUCAACAGGAGUCAGACAGGACUGAGAUAGCGCAUUGUGCAACGAAAAAAAAAUAAACAACUAAAUCAAUAAAAAAGACAGAGCUGCCACUUAACUUCUUUGCCCCACCCCCGCCGCCCCCUUUCUUCUUUAAUGUGCACUAAUAUUGAGCGCAGAUCCAGAGGGGAGAGAGAGUGCACGUUGUGUCUUUGACAGCAGAGGGCAGCGUGUAUCUUUGAGGGAUCCUCCAAGCUGGUUUCAAGACCGGGAAAAAAAAAAAAUAAAUGAAAUAAAUAAAUAAAUGAAAACAAGGACAGGACAAUGACAGAGUACAAACUGUGUCACGAGGGGGAAAGGCUUAUUUAACCACUCUAUAAAUAUAUACAUAUAUAUAUAUAUAAGCUUAAACUGAACAGACCAGACUGGUGAUGUUUCAUUUUUGUGCAUGCCGUCAGUCCUAGUCUCUAGUAUAUGUCAUCAUCCAGUUCUUCUGAGUUUUAGGCCCAGCCAGGCCUGUUUUAGGGAAGAUCUCUCUGUCCCUGAACCCACUGUUCUUUUCCUGACCCCCGUGUGCAUUUGGAUUCAGACGCUAUGUACAUACAAAUGUCACGCCGAAGACAAACGCGACCUUAUGCAGGCAGCAUGACACAACAAAUCCUACAUGUAUAAUAUUCAGCGGGAAAUCCCCUACCCACGACUUAGCAGUGAGAAGAGUAGAUCCCACAGACAAAGCACAAGCUGCCACGGCUUCCAGAGCUGUCCCGAUGAGUCAAGACCCUCCACACAAACACACACACACACACACACACACACACACACACACACACACACACACACACACACACACACACACACACACCCCAGCCUUAAUGGGCCUGACCGAGUAGCCAGAAUGGCACUGCCCAGUGAAAUGCCUGCUUGCUAAAAGUCAAAGCUGAAAUUAAAUGAAUGCCACUCGCUGGAGGCUUUUAUCAAACCCCCCAACCCCUCAACCCCCCCACAAAGAUGAUGCUAAACUGAAAACCGUUCUCUGGGUGACUGUUGGUCUGACAGCAGCCUGCGUUCAUCUGAUCGUUCAUUUGAAAGACGGCCUGUGUGAGACGUUUUAUACAACACGCGUUCCUUUGUCACUCAGCCUCGUCUCUCUGUUUUAGUGGGGUACACUGUGAGAGCGGAUAGAUGUGAGGAGUUUCAUUUCAAAAUAAAACAUCUGUUCUUUGACAGAAAAAAAAAAAACAAACAAACUGAUGCCUGCUCUUAAAAAAUGAUUGCUGGCAUGACAGUUGAGCACAUUUUACUGCUAACGCUAUGAAUCGUCGCUUACGAAAUAGCCGAUCCUGAUAGAUUCAUUUGUAUUUUCAAAAUCCACACGGCAAUUUCAGGACACAAAAAGGAAAUAAAGCGUCUUGGAAUGAACCUCUUCACACGUCCACAUGCUUAGAUGAUGGAGAUGACAAUGGUUGGACAACUCCUUCGAAGAUGCCCAUUGCUGUGUAUGUAUGUGAAUACAUAAACAAGAUGUGUGUAUACUGUUGUAUAGGUUUGAUCACCGACGAUAAACCACAGAGAUGGAAUGCAUUGCUGUUCUUACUACAAUUAUGCUAUUCUGCUUGUUAAUUACGCUAGCAGCACAUCGUCCUCCCAUCUAGCCACAUACUGUAUGUAUCUAGCUACAUACUGUACUUGUUGUAGUGAUAUGCAGAGCAUAUAGACAAAGCAAGACACGCACACACACCAAUGCAUGUCUACGGGGGAAACAUGAUUGAUUUUUUCUUUUCUUUUUCUUCUUUCUAGGUAAACACAUUUUUUUUUAAAAGAAUGUUUGGUCCAAACCUUCUCUGUGAUUAAUGCACUUGUUUUUUAAUUUGAUUUUUUUGUUUUGUUUUGUUUUGUUUUUUAUUAUUAUUAAUCGCUAUGAACUAGAACGAGAGUUACAAAGCUGACAUUUUAAAGAUACAAAUGAAAUUCUAUGUAUUUGUUAAAGUAGUCAGAGGUGCCAGCCUCUGUAUACAGUUAUACAUAGAAAGCUUUAUGUGUAUAUGGCUGCAUCUUCUCUUGUCUGUCCUGGAUGAUUCUUGUGCUAUUGUGUUACAGUACUGAUGUGACACCAAGGGGGGGAACUGCAGUACGGUGACUAUUUUGCCCUUGGACCCAUUUCCUCUUCUGGCCCUUGUCUCUUGAGCCGUUGCUUGCCCUUCCAGUAUCCCCCACCCCCACCUCCCCACCCCCCCACCCCCAUCUCCGAUCCCCUCCUUUAUGCCCCCAUAGCGUGAAGCAUUGUAAGCGUUUUGAGCUUUGUAAAGGUCUUUUUUUAAAUACUUAUUUUGUGUAUAAUGUAAAACCUGAAAGUGUGUACUUUGGCAAAAAAAAAAAAAAAAAAAGUUUUGUGUCUGAAAUCAUAGCUUCAUUUAAACAAAAAAAAAAAAAAGGUAAACUAUAAAAAGUAACAAACAUUUACUAUAAAUAAAAUGAAAUGUUCUGCAGUAAGGAAGGACUUCUGGUGCCUUACAAAUAAAGUCAAUCAAAUUAAGAGAAA